GUGUUCGCACUCCAAAAGGCCAUGACGACCCUUCAAUCCAGCCGAGGGAGCUACGGCAGCGCCUCAUCGCUCCCACUCGCACUUGACAAUAAAGUAGACAAGCGGAAAAAAAAGUUUGCGAGUUUAGGUAAUUUGGUUGGAUCAAGAGAAUCGGUUACGGUUGGACAACUUCGAUCAAGAGUUUCUCAAAAACAUUCAUCUGAGGUUUACACUGUGAAAUUCUCUUUGGACGAUGAAUAUGUUGCGGCUGGAUUGGGUGAUGCACGGAUACCAAUUAUAUCCGUCCGAACACAUGAGACGCUAUGUACGUUGCCUGCUCCCCUCGAGACCGCCCUCCCAGUCACUGGUCUCGCCUUUCGUCCCGAAAAUGCAGCGUACAAGAACCGGAACGUACUUGCAGCCUCAUACGCUUCAGGACAUGUUGUACAUUAUCACAUUACAUCUGGACAAGCCAUAUCGACGAUAAAGGAAGCAGAUAACCAGAUCAAUUGCGUCUCGUAUGAUGGAUAUGGGAUGCGGUUUGCAACGGGAGGAAGUGAUUGUUGGGUCCGGGUGUAUGAUGGGAUGGGAAUGAAGGAGAUUGCGAAAAUGAAGGCUGGAACGGGCGGUAUACCCGCUGACACAGCCGGGCACUCUAACCGUAUCUUUUCGGUAAAGUUCCAUCCAACCGAUCCGCAUUGUUUGAUCAGUGGUGGUUGGGACAAUACCAUCCAGAUUUGGGAUAUUCGUGUGGGACAUUCCGUCGCAAGCAUCUACGGACCACACAUUUGCGGGGAUGCUUUGGACAUAUCGGAGGAUGGGUCAAAGAUACUGACCGGGUCAUGGCGGAAGGAGGACGUCCUCCAGAUUUGGUCCCUUAAAACACACAGCCUGGUCGAAACCCUUCCCUGGUCCGUCGAUCCCGACAAUAAACACCACACGCUCCUCUACUCGGCUCAAUACAGCAAAAACGGCAACAAGUACAUUCUAGCCGGCGGAGGAGGAAUUCACAAUCAAGUCAAAUUGUACAGUACGGCUCUCAAGCGGCCAGUGGGUAUGGUGCAUUCUGUGCCGGGGACGGUGUACGGGGUUGCGAUGAGUGCGAACGAGAAAGUUGUUGCAUUUGGAGGUGCAGACAAGGGUGUUUGGCUGUUUGAUCUAGAUUUGAAUGGGCUGAAGGAUUUUGUAUACUGAGCAUGUGUGCGUUGUUUUUUGUUAUUGAGGUAUAGUUGCAAUAGCACUGGACGUUAUUUUGCUCGUUUGUCACAUACGCUGGGACCAAAGGCAUGUUCUCCAAAGAAAAGCAGUGGCGAAAAAGAAAAAAAC